AUGAGCUACAUCGCCCGCCGUGGUCUCUCGACCCUGAUCCCCCCCAAGAUCGCUUCUCCCAACGCCAUCGGUGCCGCCCAGGAUGCUGCCCGCAUGGAGCGCGUUGUGAGCUUCUACGCCGGUCUGCCCCGUGGCCCUGCCCCCCAGACCAAGGCCACCGGUCUCCUCGGCCGCUACCAGGCUCGCUACUUCAACAAGAACUCCCCCGCCCCUCUGCUCCACGCCAUUGCCGGUAUCCUGAUCAUGGGCUACAGCAUGGAGUACUACUUCCACCUGCGCCACCACAAGAACCACCCUCACUAA